CUCGUGUUGCUACAUCACCAGUUUUUGUGAGCAGCUGCUGCCUCUAAACUGGAAAGUCCCUGACAGCCGGAGGGGUUCGAGGCAGGAAAAACAGUCGUUAGCUUUGUCAUUUUAAAUUAGCGACAUUAGCGUUUUCGUCGCCUCGUUCCCUUCCUCGGGUGUGGAAUUCCACGAGGCUGCUUCGGUCGUGAUUUUCCCAGCCCGCCGAGUAGAUGCUCCCUUCUCCGACUGUUAGCUGCUGUUAGCCGGGCUAGCUCUUUGUGUGGCUAGCUGCUAGCCGAGCGAUGUUUUGUUGUUGUUGAGCCGAGCAGCCCUCCUCCCGUCGUCUGGGAGAGGAGAUCCGUCAGCUGUGUGUCCGGCCGCCGUGAAGAGUGACGCCCUGCGAAGCCCCCCGUUAGCGACACCGACUACAGCGGGGAGUUUGACCGAAGAAGGGAGGAGAUGGGAAACUGUUUGAAAUCUCCCACCUCGGAUGACAUUUCUUUGCUACACGAAUCUCAGUCGGACCGGGCCAGCUACGGAGACGGAGCAGACCCCGACCAGGAGCCACCGCCCCCCUACCAGGAGCAGAUCCAUGUGCCUGUUUACCACCCAACACCCAGCCAAGCCCGUCUGGCCACUCAGCUGACCGAGGAGGAGCAGGUCCGCAUCGCCCAGCGCAUCGGACUCAUCCAGCACCUUCCGAAGGGCGUCUACGACCCGGGCCGGGACGGCUCGGAGAAAAAGAUCAGAGAGUGUGUCAUCUGUAUGAUGGACUUUGUUUACGGAGACCCCAUCCGGUUCCUGCCCUGCAUGCACAUCUACCACAUGGACUGUAUAGACGACUGGCUGAUGAGAUCCUUCACCUGCCCCUCCUGCAUGGAGCCCGUGGACGCUGCGCUGCUUUCCUCCUACGAGACCAACUGACACAAACACGGCUCGGACCAGACCGGACACCACACACACACACACACACACACACACACACACACACACACACACACACACACACACACACACACACACACACACACACACACACACCUACAUACAUGGAAUAUGCACACAAAUGGAAAUGCACCAAACUUCCAUCUUGCUAACUUAUAUCCUGCAUUAGUAAGAUGGUGAUAUCAAAGCAAGUAAAAGAUGUGGGGUGAAUUCUGUGUGUUUGUGUGUGAGCAUGAGUGUGUGUGUGUAUAUGUGUGUUUGUGUGGGUUCACGGUGCACAGUUUCCUCAGUUGGCCUGCUGGACAGGAUUGCAUGCUGGGUAAAGGACUGGAGGGAAGAAGCGUGUCGGUGGUGAGAAGACGGGAGCCAACAGCAGGAGGGGGGAGGACGGAUGACGGUUGUUUCCGAGAUCUGCUUUUAGAUAUGCGAUACGUGCACACGAGCGUACACGUUUCCUUUAUUUACUCCAACUCAGAAGUGAGUCAGAAUGCAGAAGGACACUGCAGAUUGUGUUUGUCGGACUGCUGACGCCUGAUCGAUGCGACGUCGUACUGCAGGACAGCGGGGGGGGAAGAAGCGCCCUGCUGAGUCACACAUGCUGCAAAAACUGUCACAGAUGCAGAUAUGUGGUUUGAAGACUGCUAGAGAUGGACAUCGGACUCGCAGAGGUCUAUCCUGGAGCCGUCUCUCUGUACAGAUCUUUCCCGAGGAAAAGCAGAAGGGUCGGUGGACUGGUGGAUCGAUUGUCCCGUGGCUUUGUGAAAUCUGUUCUCUUGUUUGUUUUAUCAGUCAGCAUAAGGGCUCCGUUGAACCAACAACACAGACAUGACAAAAAGGAAAGUGCUUCUAGUCACCGAUGUGAUGGAGAGACGGUUGCUGUUGAGCGUUUUUUUUUUUUUUUUUUUUUUGACUCCUCGGUGGGAUCUCGGAUUAUCGGCCAAAGCACAAGCAGACCAGUUAACAAACCAUCGAUUAUAAAUUAGAUAUUUGCACUUCUUAAUCAUUACGUGUGACAAGAGGACCACCUGCAUUCAGUAAUUAUGUCAAUGUGAAGCUUCAGAUUUGCUUUAUGCACAUCCUCAUUACUGAUUUGUAAAGAACAAUGUGGAGCAGGAGUGGGUACUUAAUUUAUUACAGGUGACGAUAAUCAAACUACUGAAAUAAUUCCAAGGUUCGUGUCCACGUACGGCCAGAAAUAUUUAGAGGUCCCAUAUUGUGCCGCUUCAUAAAAUACUUCAAAGAUGCUUUAUUUCACCAAAAUCUCUAGUUUUAGGGAUGUUCUAAAUGAAAACCAAUGAGCUGCUGUUGUUUCCUUACAAGCUUGUAUUUUACUCAUCUUGAGAGCUGCGUUACAAAUUUUUACAUUCCUUAUUGUUCUUCAUUAAAACGGCCUGCCAACUAAAGAAGAAGAGUCACAUGUUGUGUAAAAAGACCUUUUUUAUGGGACUCUGAACCAGGAAGUCUGACAUAAAGGAGAAAAGGUGAUGAUACCUCUUAUAUCUGACGGUGAUCUUAUUUUUUGUCAAAAAGCCCGACUGUGUCAAACUUGUUUCGAAGUGCAGCGGCUACAAAACGCAAGAAAACUGGAUUUUCACCAUAUGGGACCUUUAAAACUUCCACAAGGUUGGACUCUUUUAAUGUGUUUGAAUCUAUAAAAUCUGCGGCGAACAUGUUCAUGAAACUCGGACGUAGAAAUCGCUCACGCUGGCCGGUGCCGCCGUCAGAAGCUGGGUUUGGGUUGCAUGUCAGAUGCAUUUUUGCUUUGUUUGCAUUGAGUUGACGCCUCAAUCUAAUCCAUUCUCCUUGCCACGUUUUAAAAAUGUCUACGGCACAAGUCACCCGGUUCUUACUGUAAAAGCACAAAGAAAUGCGACUGCUCGGCUCUGCUUUGUUUCUUCUCCCUGCUAACUUUGGCCCGUGGGCGAGUCCAUAAAUCAUCGGACGCAGAUCAGUUUGCCUUUCGUGAUCUGUGCGUGUUUGAGAAAUGGGUGGCAGCCAGCACCUUAGUUUUUGCACAGUACUUUAAUGUACUUAACUCUUUAUGUUGUACCUCCAUCGUGAAGGUGGAGCUUCAUGGCCUUAGGUUAAGUGCAAGCGACGGUUUGGUACCAGCUGCUAAAAUCUGAGCGAAGUCCGGUAGGAAUACGAGGCGACGAUACGCAGACUGUUUAGAUCGCAAAUGCUGUCAGUCAUUGUACAUGUCAUGUCAUGAAGAAUACAGAGAAUUGUCCUGCUACAUUGUCACACAACUAAUAAAUAAAUUGUCAGUGUA